UGGAAAUUGUCCUAAACUUUUGCAUACAACUGUAAAUUGGCACGGUAUAUUAAGUGUUUUUACAAGAUGUUGUUUUCUGAGAUGCUCCUGGGGCUGUUUAGCUUCCAUGAACUAUUACUAACUGCACACUCAAAAUUCUUUUUCUUUUUUUUUAAAUAUUCAUCCAGACUUCUUUGAGUAUACUUUGUGUCCCUUUUCCUUAGUAUGUAGUCUGAAUUUGGAGCACAGCCAGUGUUUUUGUGUGGGAUAAAGCAGUUCCAUCUCUGGACCAGUAGAUGGCAGCAAAAUUUCAACCGACUCUGAAAAUGUUUAUUUCCAUUUUUUCCGACCAUCUCUUCCUUUAUCGUUAUUGUAGCAAUUCCCUCUCAGGCCUGACCUUCACACUGGUAUUGGUCUCGACAGGUAUAGAUCCUGUGAGUUGACAGCUGAGAGCAGCUGUCAAGAGCCCGAUCUGCACAAGGUCUGGGGGGACGUCCCACUAUGGGUUUGUGGAUUGAUCCUCUCAGGUGCCUCUAAUCAAAAACACCUUUUUAUAUAAAAUUACACACUUCCAGUAGCUGCCAUUCAUGUGGGAGAAACUGAGAUUAAGUUCCUGAAUGUUACAUAAUGUACAUAAAUGGACUGGAAAGGAAAUCUGGAUUUUCUGGACAUGUUUUGAAUUAUUGGCUAAACCACUGUGCACUGUAAUAUCGUCCAAAGUCAAUAUUCAGCAUUUGUUAUGGAUGUCACACACCGUCAGCUUUGUGAAGUUUCAAAUGUAUGGAUUCAUGCCAGCUACAGUGUGUAUUAUGAUUCUCUCCAGCUGCACUGCCCAGGAGAUAUUUGCCAGCGUGCUGCUGUGGAGCAGAAGGAUGGGUCAAAUUUCCAAUGAGCACCAAGGACAUUUGGACACUUUUACAUGAGUUAAAACACAAACUGACUGCAGGCUGGUGAUGUAAAAUGAUCAGUUUGUCAGCUGCUGCGGUUACACCGAACAGGUCAUCAACCUCCUGCUGCUCUUUAAAAAAAAAAAAAAAAGCACUUUAUACGAGUCUUUGUAAUGAAAUCUACGGUGAGACUGUGCUGUCAUUUAAGUAUACAAAUAUCUGGAAAGGUGAGCUAUGUGGUCUUCAUUUGCCUCCCAACUGACAGAUUACUGUAGUGAUUAAAAAAACAUUUAAAUGGUCCAGAUCUCGUUUGUUUGGUGUGCGGCUGCUCCUGCGGGGUUUAUUACUCUUAUCUUAAAAUGCCAUGUUGAAGAUAGCAAAACAAAGCACAUUGGCUGGGCAUGCGAGAUAUAAGACACAAGCUCUACACAAGCUACUUUUUAUCCGCACUGAGGUUUUUUUUUUUUUUUUUUGCCACAAUAGGGGCUCUGUCUAUACAUUUUUGUUUUCAUGCAUAGACCCAGACUGACCUGAUUUACGCUCUGUAGGUCUUACUGGUCCUCUCAUCUGGUUUUAUGAGGCCAACAUUAGACUAUUUUUAUGCGAAUGUCACUUCCAGCGAAGCACGACCCAGACUGGUUCAGGGUCAUGCAGAGGAAUACAGCCAUGGGACAGGAUUGUAACACAACUCAUUUUUAUUAUUUAAACUACAUAUUGGGGGGAUUCUGGAAUUAAAUAUUAUUUAUUGGUUGUAAUAAUUGGUCACCUUCAUUUGCAACUGCAUCGCUAAACGCGCAAAGGGAGACACCUGACGUCUCCGCCACGCGCGCACGCGCGCGUGCCUCCGGUGUGGCUGCAAAAAUCAAAGUGUUAAAAAAAUAAAAAAAUAAAAAGCUCAACGCGUGUUGCCGACCGUCACAGAGCCGCAGAGCUUUGGUGCGAAAUGAAGUGAGUGAGUGCGCGGCGGUUCAUGUGUGAGCUUCCCACAUUCACAUUCGCCUGUGCGCGAUGGCACCGAGCGCUCCCCCGCUCGCCUCGCUGUACUGGACGCGAUGACCGGAUAACUUUUAACUCUGCACGGAUGAUGCUUUUCCUCGAUGGCAUCUGAUGAAUUCUUCACUGGGAAACAGUAACAGGUCUGCCAAACAUCUCACCUCCCAUGUCACCGGGACGCCUCCAUGGCGGUGUUUAGCAGCGCAGAGCAGCUCUGGAACAAAUCAGACCAUCUCGGAUGGGACGAGAGGAAUGAGAGCUCAGAGGCAUCGGGGCAGGAUGAGCGUAACUACUAUGCCAUGCUGUACUCCCUGCUCAUCCUGGCCAUCGUGUUUGGAAACGUGCUGGUGUGUCUGGCUGUGCUGAGGGAGCGCUCUCUCCAGACGACCACCAACUACCUGGUGGUCAGCCUGGCUGUGGCCGACCUGCUGGUGGCCUCGUUGGUCAUGCCCUGGGCUGUGUACCUGGAGGUGGUCGGCGGUGCCUGGCUUUUCAGCCGGCUCUACUGUAACGUCUUUGUCACGCUAGAUGUGAUGAUGUGCACCGCCAGUAUCCUCAACCUGUGCGCUAUCAGCAUUGACAGGUACACAGCAGUGGUGAUGCCUGUGUUGUACAACACUACCCAUCGCUCCAGGAAGAGAGUUUUUAUGAUGAUUGCCACCGUGUGGGUCCUGGCCUUCGCUGUCUCCUGUCCUCUGCUGUUUGGUUUCAACACCACAGAUGACCCCUUGGUGUGCUCCAUCUCCAACCCCGACUUUGUGAUCUACUCCUCUGUGGUGUCCUUCUACCUGCCAUUCAUUGUCACUCUGCUAGUCUACAUCCGCAUCUACAUCUUCCUCAGAAUGAGGCGGAAGAGGAUCACCUUCGGCCAGGCCAGAGGAAAGGUACAGCCAGAUUCAACGCCACCGUUUGUGGAGACCUGUCUACAAGAGGAGACUCCCAAGGCGAAGCAAGACCUGUCACCUAUAAGGAUUAAAGUGCAGAGUGUAGAGCCUUCAGGUCCCUCCAAGCCCAACCUGCUGUCAGGAUGCCUGUGGCGCAAACGCCCAAAGACGGGACGUGUAGAGAACUCUGAGCUGCCCCCGGUGGACACGCAGAACUGCUGCAGCAUCAGCCAUGCAUCCUGCGGCCGCACUGAGCUGGAUCUGGAGCAGGAGCGAGGGGAGGAGGGGGAGGCGGAGGAGAACAACCAGAACGAACAUCCUCCUGUCAGGAUGAGCUGCGAGGUGAAAGAUCUGUCCAAUGGACGAACACACACGUCAUUGCGGCCGGUACCUCAUUCUCACAUCAACAAUCGAUUCAGGAGCAUGCACGCACGGGAGAAAAAGGCCACUCAGAUGUUGGCUAUUGUGCUUGGGGUGUUUCUCAUCUGCUGGCUGCCUUUCUUUGUGACUCACAUUCUGAACACCCACUGCAGGACAUGCUACGUGCCUCCUGAGCUUUACAGUGCGUUCACCUGGCUGGGUUAUGUCAACAGUGCCCUCAACCCUAUUAUCUACACCACCUUCAACAUCGAGUUCAGACGGGCCUUUAUCAAGAUCCUCAGCUGCUGAAGGAGACAACUGCUCCAGGAAAUUGAAAUGGAAAUGAGACUUGUGCUACAACUCGGGGUGCAUUUGGUAAAAAGUGACCACAGAUGUACACUGGUCAUGGGCAAGGGAAGUAAAUCUGCUUUGUGUCAUACAUGAGUUAUACAGUAGCAGCAAGAUGAAGCAUGAAAAAGAACAGAUGCUGUGGUAUGCAAUGAAUGCAAACAUAGAGGAUUUGUAAUUCAAAAUAGACGCUUUUUCUCAACAGUGCUGGAACUCCAUUUGAACAGUAUUACUCUUCAAAUAAGACUUACAUUUUAACAUGCAUACAGUCUUAUUGAUAGCACAAGGUGUUGGACUUUCUUGUGGAUAUGUCUUGUACAGUAUGUGUAGUGCUCAUUGGCACAGUUCCUCAGUGCUGGACUUUCCAAUCGCUGUAUGUUUGGAAGCACUUUGGAGCCACAAUGGAGGUUUAAGGCUGGUAAAUUGAUCGUAGAGCUGCGGGCCACUUCGUCCUGAGGCCCGCUGCCACCUCACUGUGUGGAUUAACUGAUGUUACUCACCCCCUCCUUCAUCAUCAUCACCAUCAGUUACUCACCAGUGCAUGCACAAAUCAAAUUUCACGGCGUUAAACUUCAAUUGCGCUGGAGGGAUCAUAUUGGUCCCUGCCAAGACUCACAUAAUUUUGAAGAUUGUCAUAUAUAUUGAUGUGGAGGCAUUGUGCUCAAUGUGGAUUCAUUAGAAUUAAAAACAAAAGUGAGAUUUUGAUGUAAUGCACAGUGGAAACAUUUUCAGUGUUUUUUAAAGGGACUGUCUGUUUGUUGGCAAACCUCCCUGUGAUUAAGAGCUGCCUGAUGAAGGCAGGAGUUUUGUGAUCUUAACAAAUCAAGCAGGAUUGUAAACCGUGUGGUAGGCAGCUCUGUCAUGGACAGAGCAUUUACUGCAGUGUGUUGUAAAUAAAAACAAAUGAUGAAACAUUU